AUGGCAACAUCAGUCCAACUCUCACCUGAAGCCGAGGAGCGCCUCGAUUUCUUGGCUUCGCGCACUGGCCGCUCGAAAUCGUUCCUUCUCCGCGAGAUUAUCGAAUGCGGGCUUGACGACAUUGAGGACUAUUACCUUGCGGCCGAAGUCCUGGAGCGCAUCCGCCACGGGCAGGAGAAGUUUCAUACCGCCUCCGAAAUGAGGUGGGACCUUGCCUUGGACGAUUGA